GGGAAAAGCAUAUCAUUUUAGUAAUUGUUAAGAGAUUGAGUAUAUGUCAUAUUCACAGAUUGAUGAUAAAAUAAUAUGAUAAAGUUGAUAAUUAUCUAUCAGAUUAUCUUAUAUUGUCUUGCUUAUUAUGCUUAUGGCUUAAGUGUUUACUCGUGGACUCUGUCGGGUAGGAUGUUGUGUCAGGGUAAUGCAACACAGGCCCAGACUCAGUCCCUAUUGAAGUGCGACAAAAUGAUGAGACCCGAGCGAAAGAAAUUACUGGAGAUAUGUCUGAAGGAAGUCAAAGGAUAUACUCUGACCGAUAAUAAGCCCCGCAUCUGCUCCUACAGUCAGAAUGAGGACGGGUAUCAGGUUAUGGACUGUAUGUUCAAUAAGACCGGUAAAGUCUACGGCAAGAAAUUCAUGGCUAAUGCUGUGGAUGAGGACUUCGAUGCCAUCGAUGCCGUCGAGAAUGACUUCGAGUGGUGUGUGAUGAAAGUGGGCUCAAUCUAUGGCUUUGAGCACUUGUGUGACAUUCAACUGAAUGCCAACCAAAACAAGGCUAUCCAGGAGUGCGGCAAAAAUGCCACCGAAUUGCUUAAAGUGCUCAACGAUUGUCGCACAGAAAACAAGGUUAAAAUCGACAAUAAGCCAGCUACAUGUGACUUUUACGGCAAUGUUGAUGUAUUGAAGUGCUAUAACAAGGUGUCCCUAAAGUGGAAGGAAAGCGAUCAAAACGAGAAGUGGAAUCAAUAUAUUGUCAGAGUGCUUAGCCGAUAUACCCAAAUGACAACCCCGGACCCCACCGCACAUUGACAUCCCAUUCCCCCACACCUCCCACUAAAUGCCACAGACAAUUCACCUUGCACUUCGAGUUGAUUAUAUUUAUUUAAAAUUAGUUUUU